AUGACAGAGGUAGCUCAAGUGAACGGGGGUCAUCUCAAUGGCUUUGUUGAUCAUGAGAUGGGCAAUGCUAUCCAAUCUGCCUUGCGGUUCAGCAGCGGUCUCAUCCUACCCCCUCCAGAAAUCAAGGUUGUUAUCGACAGAACGGCCUCAUAUGUCGCUCGCUCCGCUAAUCCUCCUCAAUUUGAAGAGAGGGUACGCGAGGGCCAACGCUCCGAUCCGAAAUUCUCUUUCCUGAACCCUGCCGAUCCAUACCAUGCCUAUUAUCGACACCGAAUGGACAAGGUCGCGAAGGGGGAAGUAGAUGAGGAAACCGCUCCAAAGGAUAAAGAAGAAGUUAUGGAAAGCCGCGAACCUGUAGAUAAUGGCGUUGAGCCUCCCCCUGCAGAGUUCAUCUUGGAUCUUCCGAGCAUAAGCUCAAUUGACUUGGACAUCAUGAAGCUUACGGCUCUUUUCACUGCUCGUCGAGGGCGCAACUUUCUCGCCAACCUUUCUGCUCGUGAAGGCAGAAACUACCAGUUCGACUUCCUCCGACCCACUCAUUCAUUAUUCGGUUACUUUAAUCGGUUGGUGGAGCAGUAUACCAAAGUCAUCCAGCCUAAUAAGGAGACGCUGGAACAGCUAAAAGAACGGGCCAAGCCAGCGGCGCGCUGGCAGACACUGGAAAUUGGCCUGAAACACGCGAAAUGGGAGAAGAACAAGAGAGAAAAGGAGCAGAAACGGCACGAUGACCAGGAGGCCGAGAAACGUGCAUUCGCCGAAAUCGACUGGCAUGACUAUGCCAUCGUACAAACCAUUGAAUUCACUGCAGUCGACGCCAAUUCCGAGCUGCCACCGCCAAUGAGCGUGCAAGAAGUUGAAAAUAUGACACUGGCGCAGAAGAGAAUGGCAGCGAUGAUCAUGGAAACGACCGCGGAUGAGGUCGAAGCCCACCGAGCACGUCAAGCGGCUGCUGAGGCCGAGGCUGCCGCCGCUGUCGGAGGUGUUGGGACCGGCGGCGAUGAGGAUGCCACAAUGGAGCAAAGCGACGACGAAGAGGAUCUUGCGGCGAAGAAGAAGAAAGAAGAAGAGGAGAAACAACGGGCAAUUGCACAUGCGCAAGCUCUGCAAGCAAGUGCAACAAACCCUGCAGGACCUAUGAAGAUCAGGACAGACUAUGUUCCUAAACUGGGUGAAAAGAAGAACAAGGUGAUGACAACCUGUCAGCUUUGUGGCCAAAAAAUACCCGAAGACGAAAUCACGGAACACAUGCGCAUUGAGCUGCUGGAUCCCAAAUGGAAGGAACAACGCGAUAUUAUGGAUGCGCGUCGUGCUCAAGCAUCUGAGCUUCAACGCGGAACCAACGUUGUCGCGUCCCUUCAGACACUCGCGGCUACCCGUGUCGACAUCUUUGGAACGGAGACAGACGAGGAGCGCAGGAGACAAGAGGAGGCAAUUGAAAGGGAAAAGCGCAGAGAGAGGGAAAAAGUCGUUUGGGAUGGACACACUGCCAGCAAAGCCGGUAUUAUGGACAAAUAUUCUAUGAAUGCCAAUCUCGACGAACAAAUUGCCGCGAUUCACAGGGCGAAGGGAGUUGGACCUCAAGACGCCAAUGCCAUCGGGCCAGGUAUCGGACCCGCGAUCGCGCCACCACCACUGACAACUCUCCCACCCGCUCAUGCCUCGCUGCCUGCACCUCCAUCUGGUGCAUCAGGUGCUUACUCGGCCGCGACUGUCGCGUCUGGUCCACAGCCGGCUUCAAUGUAUAAUGCCCAGCCGCCAGUUAUGCUUCCGCCGCUCCACUACCAGGGAAUGGAUGCCGCACAGCCUUUUGGGUACCAACCCGCGCCUGGCGGAGCGGCGCCUGGAAUGCACCCAACGCGUGUGGCCGCUCUGGCAGCAGCUAACAGCGUCAUCCAAAGCGUUCAAGCAGGUAUGGUGCGGUCAGCCGACGAAAUGGAAGCUGGUGAAGAGCCACCAGCGAAGAGACAAAAGGUGGCAAAACUCCCUGGUGGUGCUUUGUACCCUGAGGAGGACUGGAUUUCUAUGCAUCCCCAUCCCAUCUCGCUGCAGGUUCAAAUGCCUAACGACCCUUCCAAGCCUGAAUGGAAGCUCCAAGGUCAAAUUAUCACUAUCCCCGACCUACCGCUCAAUCUCUUGGUAUCAACCCUCCGCGACCGCAUCCUCCAACACACGGAUUCCACAGUGCCAGCGUCAAGAAUUCGAUUGUCCUAUCAGGGCAAGAUGCUGACAAACAAGACUACUCUAGCUGCAUCCAAUUUGGAGGACGAAGACUUGCUUAUAUUCGAUGUUCGCGACCCGAAGAAAAAAUAA